CGGGGGCGUGGCUUGGCUGCGGCGGCGGCGGCGCGCUCAAGGGCUUGGAUGUACGGGGCGCGCGCGGCUCCAGCUCCGGACGCCUCGGGCUCGGGCUGUAGCUGCGGCGGCGGCCCCCGCGCUCUGAUCCGCGCGCCCGCUCGCCGUGUGCCUUGAACCUCGCUGCUCGUCUGCAGCCCGCCAGGAUGGGAGCCAGCCCGCUGCCUCUGCUCAGAGCCCUGCUUCUGCCGCUGCUGGCCGGUGCCCAAGCCGCUAUCGUCUUUAUCAAGGAGCCAUCCUCCCAGGAUGCCCUUCAAGGGCGCCGGGCGCUGCUCCGUUGUGAAGUGGAGGCUCCGGACCCGGUGCACGUGUACUGGUUGCUCAAUGGGGUGCCUGUCCAGGACACGGAGCGACGGUUUGCCCAGGGCAGCAGCCUGAGUUUCGCAGCUGUGGACCGGCUUCAGGAUUCUGGCGCUUUCCAGUGUGUGGCUCGGGAUAACGUCACUGGAGAGGAAGCCCGAAGUACCAAUGCCUCCUUCAACAUCAAAUGGAUCGAGGCAGGUCCUGUGGUUCUGAAGCACCCAGCCUCAGAAGCCGAGAUCCAGCCCCAGACCCAGGUCACACUUCGUUGUCACAUUGACGGGCACCCUCGGCCUACCUACCAGUGGUUCCGAGAUGGGACCCCCCUCUCUGAUGAUCAGAGCACCCACACUGUCAGCAGCAGGGAGAGGAACCUGACCCUACGGCCAGCCAGUCCCGAACAUAGUGGCCUCUACUCCUGCUGUGCCCACAAUGCCUUCGGCCAGGCCUGCAGCAGCCAGAACUUCACCUUGAGUGUUGCAGAUGAAAGCUUUGCCAGGGUGGUGCUGGCACCUCAGGAUGUUGUUGUCGCAAGGAAUGAGGAGGCCAUGUUCCAUUGCCAGUUUUCAGCCCAGCCACCCCCGAGCCUGCAGUGGGUCUUUGAGGAUGAGGCCUCCAUCACUAACCGAAGCCGCCCCCCUCAUCUCCGCAGAGCUGUGGUGUUUGCCAAUGGCUCUCUGCUGCUGACCCAAGUCCGGCCACGGAACGCAGGAGUCUACCGUUGCAUUGGUCAGGGACAGAGGGGCCCACCCAUUGUCCUGGAAGCCACUCUUCACCUGGCAGAGAUUGAAGACAUGCUGCCAUUCGAACCACGGGUGUUCAUAGCUGGUGAUGAGGCACGUGUCCCCUGCCCAGCCCCCCAGGGCCAGCCUACACCCAGUGUCUGGUGGGAGCAUGCUGGAGUCCGUCUUCCUGCCCACGGCAGGGUCCAUCAGAAGGGCCUUGAGCUCGUGUUUGUCACCAUUGCUGAGAGUGACACUGGUGUCUAUACCUGCCAUGCGGCCAACCUGGCGGGUCAGCGGCGACAGGAUGUCAACAUCACAGUGGCCACUGUACCCACGUGGCUUAGGAAGCCCCAAGACAGCCAGCUGGAAGAGGGCAAGCCCGGCUACUUGCACUGUCUGACACAGGCUACACCCAAGCCCACUGUGAUCUGGUACAGGAACCAGAUGCUGAUCUCGGAGGACUCGCGGUUCGAAGUUUCGAAGAAUGGGACCUUGCGCAUCAAUAGCGUGGAGGUGUAUGACGGGACAUUGUACCGUUGCGUGAGCAGUACCCCAGCCGGCAGCAUCGAGGCCCAGGCUCGAGUCCAGGUGCUGGAAAAACUCAAGUUCACGCCACCACCGCAGCCACAGCAGUGCAUGGAGUUUGAUAAGGAGGCUACGGUGCCCUGCUCAGCCACUGGCCGGGAGAAGCCCACAGUUAAGUGGGUACGGGCAGACGGAAGCAGCCUCCCUGAGUGGGUGACAGACAAUGCUGGAACCCUACACUUUGCCCGAGUGACCCGAGAUGACGCUGGUAACUACACUUGCAUCGCGUCCAACGAGCCACAGGGCCAGAUCCGUGCUCACGUCCAGCUGACGGUGGCAGUUUUCAUCACCUUCAAGGUGGAACCUGAGCGUACAACUGUGUACCAGGGCCACACAGCGCUGCUGCGGUGUGAGGCUCAGGGUGACCCCAAGCCUCUCAUUCAGUGGAAAGGCAAAGACCGGAUCCUGGACCCUACCAAGCUGGGACCCAGGAUGCACAUCUUCCAGAACGGUUCCCUGGUGAUCCAUGACGUGGCCCCUGAGGACUCAGGCUCCUACACCUGCAUCGCUGGCAACAGCUGUAACAUCAGGCACACAGAGGCCCCUCUCUUAGUCGUGGACAAGCCAGUGAUGGAAGACUCCGAGGGCCCAGGCAGCCCUCCCCCAUACAAGAUGAUCCAGACCAUCGGGCUGUCGGUGGGCGCAGCUGUAGCCUACAUCAUCGCGGUCCUGGGCCUCAUGUUCUACUGCAAGAAGCGGUGUAAAGCCAAGCGGCUGCAGAAACAGCCUGAAGGGGAGGAGCCAGAGAUGGAGUGCCUCAAUGGUGGGCCUUUGCAGAAUGGACAGCCAUCAGCAGAGAUCCAGGAAGAAGUGGCGUUGACCAGCUUGGGCUCUGGCCCUCCGGCCACCCACAAGCGCCACAGCACCGGUGAUAAGAUGCAUUUCCCACGGGCCAGCCUGCAGCCCAUCACCACUCUGGGGAAAAGCGAGUUCGGGGAGGUGUUCCUCGCAAAGGCGCAGGGCGUAGAGGAAGGCGCGCCAGAGACCCUGGUCCUCGUGAAGAGCCUGCAGAGCAAGGACGAGCAGCAGCAGCUGGACUUCCGGAGGGAGGUGGAGAUGUUCGGGAAGCUGAACCAUGCCAACGUGGUGCGGCUUCUGGGGCUGUGCCGGGAGGCUGAGCCCCACUACAUGGUGCUGGAGUAUGUGGACCUGGGAGAUCUCAAGCAGUUCCUGAGGAUUUCCAAGAACAAGGAUGAAAAGUUGAAGUCACAGCCCCUCAGCACCAAACAGAAGGUGGCCCUGUGUUCCCAGGUGGCCCUGGGCAUGGAGCACGUGUCCAACAACCGCUUUGUGCACAAGGACUUAGCGGCUCGCAACUGCCUGAUCAGUGCCCAGAGGCAGGUGAAGGUGUCGGCGCUGGGCCUCAGCAAGGAUGUAUACAACAGUGAGUACUACCACUUCCGCCAGGCCUGGGUACCUCUGCGUUGGAUGUCCCCAGAGGCCGUCCUGGAGGGUGACUUCUCCACUAAGUCUGAUGUCUGGGCCUUUGGUGUGCUCAUGUGGGAAGUGUUCACCCAUGGAGAGAUGCCCCAUGGUGGACAGGCAGAUGACGAAGUGCUGGCAGACUUGCAGGCCGGCAAGGCUCGACUCCCGCAGCCUGAAGGCUGCCCGUCUAAGCUCUACCGGCUGAUGCAGCGCUGCUGGGCCCCGAACCCCAAGGACCGGCCUUCCUUCAGUGAGAUCGCCAGCGCCCUGGGAGACAGCCCUGCAGACAGCAAGCAGUGAGGGAGCCUUGCAGGCUGUCCCUCAGGACGGCGUGGGCAGGGGAGAACCCCUCUUGAGGGGAGCCUGCAGCUGGAUGGGCAGGAUAGCCCUGUCCUUGGCCCUGGCGUCCCUGCCCAAGCACAGCAGGCAUUGCUGAAGGCUGGCAGUGCCUAGGCGUCUCUCUUCGCCUCAGCCACUUGGGAGGCUGAUUCGAACCCAGGCUUGAUGACUAAGACCUUGGACCAGGCAUCUUUCUUCGCCACCCCUUCCCUUUAUCAGGGACAGCAUGGGUACCUCAGGUAACCCCAAUUUCUGGCCUGAGACUUUUUCUGGCCAGGUUCAGCUCUGCCACUUAUCUGCCAAUGUUGGGGAGGGCUGGGCGGGGGCUGAGCUAGGUUUGGGGGGACUUCUUUAAUACACAGAUAUACUCAAAGUUCCAGGAUAACUCUGGGCACACAGGACCAACGGGCCUCUUGGCCCACGGGUCCCACCUAGGGGGUGUCUGGCAGGUCACAGCGUGGAGUCCUGCACACUAAGCCAGAGCCCUGGCCUCAGUCUCCUCUCCUCACCCUAAGUGCCUGGCAGAUGAAGAAGCGUUCAGGAGCCUUUGACACUUAUAUGACCCGCCCCUUUUGUACGCACCAUGGGCGGCCUUUGUAUGUAAUUGCAGCGUGGGGUGGGUGGGCGUGGGAGGUCUGGGUGGACCCUAGAGGAAGUAGGGAGGGAGGGCCACCCCUGCCUCAUACUUUAUUGUUGUUGUUAUUGUUUGUUUGUUUUAUGGUUUUGUUUUUGUUUUCUUUGUUUUUUUGUUUUUGUUUUUGUUUUUGUUUUUUUUCUUUUUUACACUCGCUGCUCUCAAUAAAGAAGCCUUUUUUUA